CAACCAAAUACAUGAGUGCUGCUGGGUAGGAGACCGUAAUAAGAAACUCUGGCUGUGUGGAUGAAGAACGGGCUGUGGUGCUCCAGGUACAAACCAGCUGAAUACCACAAACUACAAGCCCUAGUGGAGGCCAAACGCCAGGAAACUGCACAGAUCGGACAAAAGGUUGUCAGGACCCUGCAGGCUGCCAGGGCGAGCAGGGAGAGCAGUGUGGGCCGGCAGCAUCGCCAGGUGUGGAACAGGGAGAGUGCCAGGCUGGCCUGGGCUGGAGCGAGGGCAGAAACUGAGCUGCAGGCCUGUCUGGGAGACAGCAGCUCCACUCACACACCUGACAGAAGCUUCCUCUCUGAGCUGCUGCAUUACGAGCUGGUCCUGCAGAGAGAGCGUGAGCUGUUCCAGGCAGCCACCGUGGCUCCUGUGUGGCAGCUGAAGGAGGACCUGCAGGUCAGGCUGCCAGGAACCCAGAGACCCCCCCUAACCCCCGCUCACACCUCGGACUGGGAGCAGGUCCUGAUACAGGUGAACCUAGUGAAACAGCAGCAGGACAGCAUCAUGGAGAAGCUGAGCUCAGAGUGUCGUGCUGUGGAGGACCAGGUUGCUUCCCUGCAUCUGCAGGUGCCUGCAGGCAGCCUGCCAGGCAGCCUGGCUGAGCUGGGUCUGGUCCCUGAGGAGGUGCUGGGUGCAGACGACCUCUUCCCUGAGCUGAGAGACUCCCUGGUCCAUGCCUUCCUCGCCCUGGGGGACAGGUACCGCUGCAGGCUGCAGGCUGUGCAGGACAGGCUCCAGGGACUGGACAGGUUUGGAGGCUGGAGUGCUGAGGAACACCUGCUGUUCCAGGUGACUGUGGAGCAGUAUCCUGCAGACCUGCCCAGACGUAGAGCUCUCUACACGGACAUGCUGCACAGAGUCCUCCCCCACCGCUCCACACACCAGCUGAAUGAACAUGAGCGGAGCUGGGAUUGGCAGAGAUUCACCCAGGCCCAGCUGUUAGCCUUGGCCCAGGGCUGGCACCGAGACCGGGCAGAGCUGCUGGCCAAGGCCCUGGUCACCAUGGAGGAGGCCCGGCAGGAACGCCAGGAGCAUCUGAACCUGCAGAGAGACCGCCAGAACCAGCUGGACAUCUGCUCCAGACUCCGGGACAAGCUGCAGCAGUGGCAUGCUCAGCAGGAAGAGGUUGCCAGGUUGGAGGCAGACGUAACCAGCAGACGUCAGGAAGAAGAGGAGGAGCGACUGAGGAGGAGCCAGGAGAGAGACUCCGCCCUGAGGACACGGCAGAAGCACAAGGUGCGGCAGUUCUACACAGCACAGCAGAGGCAGAGGGAGGCGCAGGAGUGGAGAGACCAGCAGAGGCUGGAGGAGCUGAGGAGAGCCAUGGCAGAGCAGGCCAGGAGAGAUAAGGAGAGGGUGCAGUUCCGGGCGUCUGUUCUCCAGCAGCGCAGGGAGGAGGGGGAGGUGCGAGCGCUGGAGCGUUUGAAAGAGGAGGAACACAGAGAGAAUCGUCUGGAAGCUCUUAGAAAUCAGGUGGCGGUGGUGGCGGAGGGGGACCCAGCGAGGAUGAUGGGAGAUACGGCCGCUUGGAGGAACCGUCAGCAGGGAGGAGAACAGGAGAAGUUUGUUCUUCAUAAACCUCUUUAUGAUCUGCACACAUACACAGAUACACAGAUUGUGUCUGACCCCAGGGUGCGCAUCGAGCAGGCUCUUCGACAGGCUGGGCUCCACAACACGCCGUACGCCCAGCAGGUUUUCUCAGGCCUCAAACCGCUCAGGCCACCCAGACGGGACACAGAGUCCACAGGCUUCAGGUCCUGAACAAUCUGUCCUUGGCACCAGUUCAAUCUGAACUGCCAACCAGUGGCAAUAAGCCCAUAUAUGGCGAUAUAUGUUGUUUAAGAUGUAUGAAUAUUAUUUGAGUGAUUACAGAAAACAAGGAGAUAUGUUUUCUACUUCAUGUAAAAGGUCUCACUGGGUCCCUGUAACAAACACUCAAAACUAGAAAUACAUGUUACCUCGCUCCUUUAGCCCACACGUUUAGAAAAAACCAAGACAGUGGACUUUUCAUUUCACACACUGUAUCAU